AUGGACAGGAGCAGCAUGACCGCCGGCGCACAAACCACCUCCAUCGCUGUUCCGCACCAGAACAGCUGUUCCACCAUCGAUGGCCCCCAGUUUCAUGGCAGCAUGGACGGACAGUGUGCUGGGUCCUCAAAAGUCUUGAUGGCUUAUAAAAACGCGUCGCAGCACCUAAGUUCAUCGGGUAUAAAAGCGGGCUUGGGGAUCCUUAAAGUGGCCACGUCUCAGUGGAAACAGGAGAAGAAGACGCGAUCAGGGUCAGCCGUGAGGCAAGUGUCCUCUUCCAACGGCGGUCACCCCUGCAAGAGGUCACCGUUGGAUCAGCUGGCAGCUUUAGUUCUUCACAGUCAAACUAGGCAGCGACAGAUUGGCCAAGCACACCGACAGGACUCCCUUUACUCUACCAAGCCGCAAAACUGUAGGCGCAUCGUGGUUCUUGGUGCGCCACGAGUCGGGAAGACCUCCAUCCUAAGGAGAUACCUUAGGGACGGAUUUGUAGAGGACUAUAACCCCACAACCGAGGAUUUUCUCAGGAAACUCUUUCGUAUCCGCGGAGAGACGUACCAAAUCGACAUCCUGGAUGCGUCCAGAGAGAGGGAUUUCCCAGCCAAACGGCGUCUGUCCAUCCUCACCGGUAUUUUUAUUUGCUUACUAAUCAUUUCUCAUUUUUUGAAACUCCAAACGGCACAUUAUUGUUAAUUCAACCGAAAAAUAGUAGCCGUUAAAGGUGGUGAGUGCAUGUGCAAAGGCGAAGGACAAAAGCUGUCUUUAAGUGAUAUUAAUAUAUUCCUGUUCUACUAUUAUUUCUCUGCAGGUGACAUUUUCCUUCUUGUGUUCAGUCUGGAUGACCGGAGCUCUUUCAGAGAGGUGUGCGCACUGCGAACGGAGAUUUUGGCUGCAAAAUCCAAACUCACCAAAUCAUCCGCGCCAGAUCAGCGCGCACGACUGCAGGUUCCUCUGGUGAUCUGUGCCAACAAAGUGGAUCUCCUGGAGUGUGACAGAGAAAUAUCAAAAAUAGAGGUGCUUCAAGCUUUCGGUGAUGACUGUUCCUAUUUUGAGACAUCUGCCAAAGACAGCACAAAUCUCGAAAAAGUCUUCGAAACUUUGGCAAAGCAAGGGGGACUCCCGGCUGAAACUGGUCCGUCUCAACACCGUAAAGUCUCCCUCCGGUCGUACCAAGCAAUGCGCACAGGUCGUGCCCAGGGGGAGAGGGUGAACCAGAAUCUGGCGCGUGAAGAUGCAUGCGGAGCCCUGUACCCACUAGCUCGGAGGCCGAGUUUUAGUACGGAUCUGCGGCAGGUGAUUGGACCACGGACGGCGAGAAAGACUGGGAAAGGACUGGAGAAGUGUCAGAUCCAGUGA